UCCUCAUCUCAAAUCAAUAACCUCAGCAGCCUUCAGAGACGCACUGUGAAGAAGUGAGUUGAAAAGUGACAAUAAACGAUUGCAGCAUUUUACGCAGUAUCUUGUUCAUGAUGAUCUUCAAGCCCUGUGUUUACUCUGUGAUUUUCUUGUGAGUACAGUGUUCAAUUACUUUUGUAUUCCAACUAACAGUUUGUGGUAAGACACAUCGUUAUCUAUUGUAGUAAAACCAUAACACAGCUUUUUCAGCACUUUAUUCUUUGAGAGAAAUAGAGCAUUUUGUGGUUUUUGGCGAACAAAGGAUACAUAGGACAUUUACCUUCCUACUGAGCUCAACAGAAGUCACAUUCUGUUAUCUGUUUCAAGUGGUGAGAACUUCCCAACAAUGUUAUCAGAAGUAGAAAAUCGCCUCUCGCCUAGCCGAGAGUGUCUCGCCAAGCAGGAAUGCUCUUCAGCACCUCCGUCGAGGUCCAACUCAUGGCGCAGCAGACAUAGGAGCAGCAUCAAGAGAGAAAAGAGAAUGAGCGGCAUGGCAAGGGCAAACAGUGCCAGUCUCCCCGACUGCACCACAGACAGCGCCGCGCUCUCCAGACGAGACAUCCACAGAAAGUCCUCGGGCUCCAUCAAAGAGUGCUCUCUCUGCACCGUUCGCUCCUUCAGAACCACCUCGAAAGGCAUCGUCGAUUCCGGAAGCUUCUCCAAAUCCCUCAGCUCCAACAGUCUUCUGUCGUCGGGCAGUCUGGCCACUUCUGGGAACAGCAAUAGCAACAGCAACAGCCGCAGUGCCUCCGUGGACAGAACCCGAGCGGGCAGUGUGGAGUCCAGCGACGGCUCAGAGGGUACCCCAAGCAUCUGUGUGACCGCGUCCUACUACAGAACGCUGGUCCUGGGCGCCACUGGGGUGGGCAAGAGUUCGCUCGUGCAACAGUUCACACGCUCAGACUCGCAGAAUGAAGCCAUGCAGUUCGCUCACAGCAACGACUGCCAUUUCAUCGAAACUUCCACCGCUCUCAACGUAAACCUUGACGAGCUGUUAGUCGGCAUCCUGUGCAAGAUCAAAUAUCAGCUGACCCCAGUCCACGAGCGAGAGGUGGAGAAGAACAUGUCCAGACUGAAGCCUUCCAACUCCGACAGACGUCCACGCUCGCCCAGCAGGGCACUCUCAGUCAUCGGGAAUUUCCUCAAACACGCUUGCAGACGAGACAGCAGAAGAGGACGUGACCUCACAGCAGUUCCGCAGAUGGUGUGAAAGUACCCGUAUGAAGAUGAAUGAGUUGGACGUUGAACAAAUUUACGAGAAACGCCUGUAUAUAGUAUUAUUUUGUGAUGGCGAGAGAGAGAGAGAGAGAGAGAGAGAGAGAGAGAGAGAGAGAGAGCAUUGAUAAACAAAAUAUUGCACGUUUUCCGACUAUUUAUAUAGUGUUCCUUUGACUUUGAGUCCACAACAAUAGCAUCCUUCUUACUGUUUCUUCCUCUUUUCUUUCGUCACCAGAAGGAACAAAUAAUCCUAUCCGUAUCAAACUGUUUACCUCAAAGCCAUUAUAUUACAAUUAUGGUUUAAUUAUUCUGCACCAUUCACAAAUGUCUCCAAAUUGUUUAUAUGAUUAGCCCCCAUGCCAAAUUAGAGGUCUUUUGUGUUAGAGGAAGAACUGUUUCCUUGUAUUAUUUUCUGCUUACACCUCGUGUUGAGAGCAGUGUAGUCUUCGCAUCAGAAGCAGCUGGUACAAAACUGUAGUAUGUUGUCAAUGUCUUUAGUUUAGUAGAGACUAGUUCCCUUUAGGGAAUAGAGCUCUUCUGCAACUAGUACUAGUACAUCUUGUGUUAGAACUAUAGAAUGAUUGUAUUCUCUGUAUUGGUACCCUUAGAACUAUAAGACUCUAUGUAGUAGAAUUAGGUCUUUAUGUAGCGAAAAAAUAUUGCUUCGGGUUUAAAUGUAUGUCCGGUGCUAAAAGUGGUAUCUAUCUUAGGGUGAAUUUGAUCAGUCUUUUUUUUUUAAUUCUUUUUUUUUUAAUUCUAUUUUAUUUUAGCGUGGACAAUUACUGAAAAGUAUCACGUCAGAGAAAACCUGGUUAUUUUUAAUGCAACCCAUUGUAUGCGUGAGUGUGGAUGAUGAGGUAUUCCAUUGAAUCUUUGUGGACAUAUUGCUCCAAACGAUGUAAAUACAUGUACAUUUUUACUUAACUGAAAAUAUUUUGAUAACUGCAUUGAUUUGCAUGUACAAUGCAUUUUGCCGUCCAUGGUGCUGAGUAAAAGAAAAGAUGUGAUGAUUAGUGAGGGAAAGAGACAAAACAAGGUUGCGAAAGGGACUGCCUGGCGAACAAAUGGAGAGACAGUAUGAAAAAUAUAGCACGCGGAAUGGAAUGUUCAUGUAAUAUGUUCACGUGCCUUUAAUAUGUAAGCAUCCUAUAGCCUCAUUCCCAUGUCUUCUCAACUGGAGGUUUCGAUAAAGUCUGGGAGGAGAAGUGGCAGUUUUGUUUGUUUGCUUUUUCUUGGGGAGGGGGGGGUAGGGGGGAUGUCCUAGAUCACCCCUUAUAAAUUAGAUGGCAUCCACCAUUAUGAACAGACAUGUAAUGCAAAGAAUACAGACCACGUGUAUUAGCUUUAUUAUGUCCCAAUUUAUAUGCUCAAUAUAAAAUAAUUAUGAUAAUAGCAA